UUUGAGGUUAGGUCCUGUUGAAGGUACAACAAAUUAACGCUUUUUAGCUUUUAAACUCAAAUUUAGGUAUGGCCGAAAGUGCUGGAAACUGGUGUCUCAUUGAAAGUGAUCCUGGUGUUUUUUCAGAACUAAUUAGGGAAUUUGGAUGCAAAGGAGUACAAGUGGAAGAGCUGUGGGGACUCGAUAGCGACCUAUUCGAAAAUUUAAAGCCAAUUCAUGGAUUAAUAUUUUUAUUUAAAUGGACAAAAGAUGACGAUCCAUCUGGUUCCCUAGUACAAGAUAGCAGAUUAGAAAAAAUAUUCUUUGCUAAACAAGUAAUAGAGAAUGCUUGUGCCACUCAAGCUAUCCUCAGUGUUCUGCUGAAUUGUCGUCACAAUGAUUUAAAGUUAGGACAUACACUUAAUGAAUUAAAAGACUUUUGCCAGGGUUUUGAUGCUAACAUGAAAGGUUUAACUAUUAGUAAUUCACCCGUGAUUAGGACCGUUCAUAAUUCAUUUGCGAGACAGCAAUUGUUUGAAUUUGAUCCAACAAUGGCAAAUAAGAAUGAUGAUGCAUUUCAUUUUGUAAGUUAUGUACCUAUCGACGGUAGAUUAUAUGAACUAGACGGUUUGAAGCAAGGGCCUAUAGAUUUAGGAGCUAUACCGGCAGAGGCUGAAUGGACAGAUAUUGUUAGACCUAUUAUAGAAAAACGAAUACAAAGGUAUAGUGAAGGUGAGAUCCAUUUCAAUCUUAUGGCUAUCGUCUCAGACAGAAAAAUGAUGUAUGAAAAACAAAUAGAGGAACUUCAGAAACAAAGCGAAUCUUCAGGAAUGGAAACGGACACCCAACAGGCGGAAAUAACGAAGUUACGUCUUCUUAUAGCCGAAGAAGACAACAAGAGGCAUCACUAUCAAAUAGAAAAUAUCAGACGGAAACACAACUAUUUACCCCUAAUUGUAGAGAUACUGAAAAUUUUGGCAAAAGAAGGCAAACUUAUGCCUUUGUAUGAACAAGCCAAGGAAAAGACUUUAAAAAGACAAAAGUCAAAAGCCUCCAGUUGAAUUUUUGUAACCGAAAAUUUAUUUUGUAAGAACACCAUUUUUGUAUUUUUAGACUUACAGAUGUGGAGAUGAUUU